AGUACGUGGACAUGGCCACCACCUUUGAGAGGUCGACCAACUUCGGCCUGCAGGUGGGAGGCAACUCCGGCCGCAUCGAGGCCCACUUCCACCCCGCCGCUGAACGACCAGAGACCCCACCGAGCCCGUCCUGCGUGCUCCCCUUCCGCCGCGACCCCGAUUUCGUCAACCGCGGCACCCUCCUGGACCAGAUACGCGAGAAGUCGACGGCGCCGGCAUCCCGGAUCGCGCUGGUGGGCCUGGGCGGUGUGGGAAAGUCGCAGCUCGCCAUCGAGCACUGCUACCGCACCGCCGAGCGGUCGCCGGAGACGUGGGUGUUCUGGGUGCAUGCGAGCAAUGCGGCUCGGCUCGAGCAGGGCUUCCGCGACAUCGCCAAUCGAGUCAAGCUCGCCGGGCGCAAGGACCCGCAGGCGGACGUAUUCAAGCUAGCGCACGACUGGCUGCGCGACGAGAAGAAGGGGAAGUGGCUCCUAGUGCUCGACAACGCGGACGAAGCGGCCGUCCUCUCGCCAGUAACCCAGUUCCUGCCUCCAAGCAGGCACGGCGCUGUUAUCGUGACCAGCCGGACCGAGCGGGCGACGUCGUGCCUUGUCGAGAUUGGCGAUGUCAUACCUGUCAAGUCAAUGCGGAAGGCCGAUGCCCAUGCUCUCCUGGCCAGAAAACUGGGAAGCGAGAUCGAGCAGGAUGGCAUGGCUGAGCUGGCGGCAGCGCUGGAACACAUGCCGCUCGCUCUCGUGCAGGCGGCCGCGUACAUCAAGAAGCGCGCGCCGCGAUGCUCGGUGCGGCAGUACCUGGACGAGUUCCGCAGGAACGACGAUACAAAGACCAGUCUCCUAGACUACGAAGCAGGCAGUCUGCGCCGGGACAGGGAGGCUAAGAACUCUAUCAUUAUAACGUGGCAGAUCUCGUUCGACCAUGUACGAGACGUGAGGGAGUCAGCUGCCAAUCUCCUAUCGCUCAUGAGCUUCUUUGACCGGCAGGGGAUACCAGAAUUUCUUCUACACAGCUACGAAGAGCGACACGUAGGGCAGCGCAGCGUAGAGUCUAGUCAAGAAAGCAGAGAGAGGGAAGUCAGCAAACGUGCAUUUGAAGACGACAUCGUCAUGCUGCAGGAGUUCUCUUUCAUCUCCCUUACAAAGACUGCAGACGCCUUUGAGAUGCACAGCCUAGUGCAGCUGGCUACCCGGAGAUGGCUAGGGAGCCAGGGUCAGUUGGAGCAGUGGAAGCAGCGAUACAUAACGAAUCUCUGCGCGGAGUUUCCGCCAGGACGGUAUGAGAACUGGGCAACAUGCCAGGCGCUGUUUCCGCACGCGACGGCAGUAGUAGAGCAGAGACCAAGAAACAAAGAGUGUCUUCAGAAGUGGGCGCUACUGCUGUACAACGCAGCGUGGUUUGCAUGGCAGAGAGGAAGUGCGGGAGAGGCAGAGAUAAUGUGUGUACUUUCAAUGGAAGUUAGGAAAGGGCUAUUUGGCGAAGAACAUAUAGAGACAUUAGACAGCAUAGCGAUGGUGGGGUUGGUGAAGAAGAUGAAGGGCCGGUGGAAGGAGGCGGAGGUGCGGGUGAUGGAGACGAGCUCGAGGGUGCUUGGGGACGAGCAUCCUUCCACGCUGACCAGCAUGAACAAUUUAGCGUUCACUCUUCAAGGUCAGGGCCACUACAACAAGGCUAUUCCUUUACUUGAAAAAUGCUGCCGGCUGCAGCGACAGGUCUUAGGCCCGGACCAUCCUAACACGCGUUCGUCUCUCAAGGCUUUACAAGCGUGGAAGGUCGGAGAACAAACACCAAGUGAUUAUUAGCGAGGCCGCUCAUUUUGGAGAAGUAUGUUUCGUAGGUUGAACACAACGUAAUCGUCAUGCGCGACUACAAUGGGGCAAGUGCUAAAGCAUUUGUAACAUAGGUACGCUUUCUGUAAGAUAUCGCGAUAGAGGAAGAUUAAAGCAUGUAAAUUUUGCGA